GGGGUGGGUUGGGGGUUCAGUCUGGGGUUGUUUCGGUACCAGACACACAUGAGGUGGAUGUUUUUUUUUUUUAACGUAUAAAAUUAAAGCUGCAUCGGUGCUGCCUUCACGGACUGUGACAAUGAGGAUUGUAUGAGAAGUGAAGCUGUAUUUUUUUUUUUCACAGAGCUUGGUGUGACUGACAACCAGGCUAAUCUGGGGUGUUUUUUUUUGUUUUUUUUGGUCGUUUUUUUUAACCCGGUGUGAACCACAAACCCACUUUUAUUUUUCUCCUGGACGGGCUGCACUCAGGGACCCUGAACAUGUCUUUACGCACGGCACUGCCUGGGAACGAGCGGAACCCGGACCAUCAUACCUCCCUGUCGGCCAGCCGCUCAGAGAAGGGUACCGGCUGGUCGAGCCGCUCGCUUGGUGCCCGAUGUCGCAACUCCAUCGCCUUGUGUUCAGAUGAACAGCCACACAUUGGAAACUACCGGCUCCUCAAAACCAUCGGCAAGGGGAACUUUGCGAAGGUCAAACUGGCACGACACAUACUGACCGGCAGAGAGGUUGCAAUAAAGAUCAUCGAUAAAACCCAACUCAACCCAACAAGCCUGCAGAAGCUGUUUCGGGAGGUACGCAUCAUGAAAACUCUCAACCAUCCCAACAUAGUGAAGUUGUUUGAGGUGAUUGAGACUGAGAAGACUCUUUACCUGAUUAUGGAGUACGCCAGCGGAGGCGAAGUGUUCGACUACCUCGUGGCUCACGGCAGAAUGAAGGAGAAGGAGGCCAGAGCCAAGUUCAGACAGAUUGUCUCAGCGGUGCACUACUGUCAUCAGAAGAACAUUGUUCACAGAGACUUGAAGGCGGAGAAUUUACUACUAGACGCUGACUCCAACAUCAAAAUAGCUGACUUUGGCUUCAGUAACGAGUUCUCUGCAGGCAAUAAACUGGACACGUUCUGUGGCUCCCCGCCCUAUGCCGCCCCAGAGCUCUUCCAGGGGAAGAAGUACGACGGUCCAGAGGUGGACAUCUGGAGCCUGGGUGUCAUCUUGUACACUCUUGUCAGCGGGUCAUUGCCCUUUGACGGACAGAACCUAAAGGAGCUGCGGGAGCGUGUUUUGAGGGGGAAAUAUCGUGUACCCUUCUACAUGUCUACAGACUGCGAGGGAAUCCUGCGCCGCUUCUUGGUCCUCAACCCCGCCAAGCGCUGCUCGCUGGAGCAAAUAAUGAAAGAUAAGUGGAUUAAUGUCGGCUAUGACAGCGAGGAGCUGAAGCCUCACUCAGAGCCUGUGGAGGACUUGAAUGAUACCAACCGCAUUGAUGUGAUGGUUGGGAUGGGCUUCACUAGAGAAGAGGUCAGAGAUUCGCUGGUCAGUCAGAAGUACAAUGAGGUCACUGCCACAUACCUGCUGCUGGCACGCAAGAACGAUAAGGAUGACAGUGAGUCUCGGUCUGGCAGCAGUCUGAGUCUAGCUCGAGUCCGACCCAGCACCAUUACCAACGGAACCAGCAAACACACCACUCCCACGUCCUCCUCUGGCGCAUCUUCUUCCUCCUCUGGCCACAAGGCACAGCGCAGUGCCUCCACUUACCACCGCCAGAGACGGCACUCUGACUUCUGUGGUCCAGCAGUUCCAGGGUCGACGCACCCCAAGCGAAGUCCCAGUGGUGUAGCCGAAGGGACAGGGCUUAAGGAGGAGAGGCUGUCAGUCCGAAAGCCAAGCACCAAUACCGUUGGCUCCCGUAGCAUCCCAACGCCCUCCAGUCCUAUGGUUAGCUCUGCACAUAACCCAAAUAAGGCAGAGAUACCUGACAGACGCAAGGAAGUUAACUCAACCACGAAUAACAUCCCUGCUAGUGCCAUGACUCGAAGGAACACAUAUGUGUGUACAGACCGAUCUAACACUGAUAGACACACAUUGCUGCAGAAUGGCAAGGAAAACAGUUCCUUAUCCCACCGCCUUCCCCCUGCAUCCCCUUCAACCCACAGCAUCGCCGGUGCCUCUGGAGCCUCCUCCUCUUCCUCCACGCCCUCCUCCCGGCUCUCUAGGGGAUCCACAGUCCGGAGCACUUUCCAUGGAGGGCAAAUUAGAGACCGUCGGCCUCCCUCCCAUGCUCCCCCAGCUUCCCCAACCCUGUCUCAUGAUGCCAGUCCACUGCCCCAUGCCAGGACCCGGGCCACAACCAACCUGCUAAGCAAACUCACCUCCAAGUUGACUCGCAGGGUCACUCUUGACCCUUCUAAACGUCAGAGCUCAAACAAGUCCAUGUCGGGCUGCACCCUCCCACAGGGGACAAAAACAGUUAACGAACCUGAGAGAAUCAGCAGAUCUCCGGUCACAAGUCGCCAUCUAUCUGGGCAUCAGAAAGCGGCCGAGCCCCGGACCCCCCGAUGCGGCUGGGAUGUGAGGGUGCGGAGCCCCCGCGACCCGGCCGAGGUGGUGCUAGCGCUGCGUGAGGCGGCGCAGGGCUGCGGCUGCCAGGUCCACCUGGCCGGGCCUUUCCUCCUGUCCUGCACCCACGGAGCAGCCGGCGCCCGUGUGGCCUUCGAGGCCGAGGUCUGCCAGCUGCCCAGCGGGCUGGGCCAGAGCAGCGGUGUGAGGUUCAAACGCCUGUGGGGGGCACCGUUAGCCUUUAGAGACAUCGCCACCAAAGUGUCCAAGGAGCUGGAGCUCUGAGGGCAACAGGAGGCGGGGCAGAUUGAUGACAGACAGGACAAGUUGAUGAAUGAGGAGGUAAGAGGAAGAGGAGGAACAGCGAGGCAGAAACCCUCGCCUCCUCCUCUUCCUCCCUGGGCUCCACCUCAUCUAAUGCGGCUAGCGAUGCCUCGCCUCCGCCAAAGACCCUCUUCUUCUGAUGCCACCAAUCACAGCCAGACAAACGGAUGCACAGACACGGAUAGACCGCCAUCGGCAGACUUAUGAUGACCCUUGACCUUGGAGCUGUCAGUGACCUACGACCCCUGCUUAAAACACGCCACCACCUCCAUAUUAUGUGAGCCCGCGGAGUCAAACAGUUGGGUUUGUUUUUUCUUGAUUUAAUGUUCGAUGAUGAUACGGAUGGUGUUGCUGAGAAUGAUGGAGAUUGUUGUUGUUGUUGUUGACAUUGUUAUUCCUAUUCUAUCAUAUUUGUCAUCAUUCCUUUUUAAAGAGCUGCUAUUUAAAGAUAUGUUUUAAUUUUUUUGUGUAAUAAGUUUAUUUUCUUUCUUUAAUGCUUUUAAAAAUGGGCAGAAGUUUGACAUCUGUUGUCAUUUCUCGGCAGCAGACGUCACAUAUUUAAGAAGUCAGGGCGCAGUCUGACCUCCGGCCUCUAGAGGGAGACAUGCAGAAAUGCAGAUACUGAAUGAAGCAUCAAAGCCUUUCUGACCAUCCAUUAACGCCCAUUUUACUUCUCAGUUGGGAUUUUAAUGUUUGUACCAUUUCUGGUAAAAUGUUGCUCCUCUGUCUGCUAUCCAUACUGAAUCCUCUGCUGUGUAUCGAUAGCUGGCAGGUGAGCUGCUUACAGACGGACCCCGAUAACUUGAUCAUUUGAGCUUAAGCUCCGCCCCUAACAAAUACUCAACUUCGCCCAGUGUUUUAUCCCUCGCUACCUUUAUUAACAAGCAAAAGUCCUUUAAAAAAAAAAAAAUUAAAACAACAUUUUGUUGGUUUAAAGUACGAAGUAGAAUGUUUUAGAAGUCCAACAGGAAUUGAGAUCAUGAUGUUACUGUAUUUACGUUUCAGGAGGUUCUGAGGAUGUUUGCAGGCAAAAAAAUGGCCUCCACAUUAUUUUACUUGAAAUGCCUCCAAACAGGAGGUUUAGUUUAAAUUAGAAAGCAGGUUGUAACAGCCAAUCACAACACAUUAUUCAGAGUGCUAAUGUAAGUGCAGUUCAAUUCAACAAAAUGAAAAUUCAAUGUUUUUAGCACAUAUCGUAUAAAGUCACAGAGUUAAAAUGUUAUUAAAAGAAAUCAACAAAUUGGCUGUCCUAGUUUUUAUCUGAUAUGAUGGAAAUUUAACACAAUAUGGUACAAAAAUACACAUUUUCACUCUUUUUUUCCUCCAACGCCAAAGCAGACGUACUUUAAAAACCUGAUGCAACAUUAGUUUAAAGGCCUUUUCUUCUACAUUACUUUGGUUCAUUGUCAAACUGUUAAAAGACAAAGAGCAACAGAUUUUUCUUCAGCUUUGAGUCCCAGUGGACCUUCAAACUUUUUCAUUAUAAUUUAAUCUCUUUUUCCAAGACAUUUUCCACACAUGAUUACAAUAGCUCGUACUGGUUUGGAGUAAAUGGAGGAGUAGGUUACUCUGGUAGCACUUUGGCAUAACAGUCUCACAGUCUGUCAGACAACCAUCGCCAUUGCUUUCCUCAAAUGUAGUGCAAUACAUCCACACAGCCAAAAAUCAAGACUAGAAUAAGCAUUGAUUAAGACUUAAUAGGGCUCCUUGUUUGAUUUUAUUUUUUAAUUUUUGAUAUUGCUGAUUUGUUGUUAAAAAUCCAAUGAGCACUUUUGCUUUUUAGCCAGGAUUGCAGGGUUUGUACUGUACUGGCAGAGUUUUACUUCAUCUGUAUGUUUCUUUUGUAAAUUGUUUAAAAACUCAAAUUGUCUCACAUUUAAAGCCCACUGCCUUUCUUUUCCUUCACUUACACUUUGUCGUUCACUUCCCACAGUGAAACCAGCUGUAGUGAUGACUUCAGGUUUCCAGUUAGAGGUGCCGUUUGAUUUUGAAGUCAUGCCACAAAGUAAUUUGGUACAAAUGAAGUACCAAAAGUCAUUCAGCGCCAUAAAGUACUGUCAGAAGUACUGUUUUCUUUUACCCAAUGUUGCAUUUAUUUUUAACUUCAGUGACACUUUUGAUAUAAGGAAACUGUAGACUUUUCCCUCUGUCGACCAAUCAGGCUGCAGCACUGCUGAGACAUGUAUGACUGUUCACCAAUCAGAUUCCAUUAUGACUUAAAGAGAUAUAUGACUGUUAACCAAUCAGACUCCUGCCUAAUCAAUGAGAAUGUGACCUAAUGAGAAACUCGAUUCUUGCUCAUUACAGAACAAAGUGCUACAUUCAUCGUGUAUCGACACUGACGACUCCAAAAUCAAAAGGUUGUUGUACUCGUAUUGUAACUCUAUAAAGCCAAGCAACUAUUACUUGUACUUCUGAAGUAUGCAGCAUCUAACAAAACAGAUAUGAUACAGCAGAUGUGUGAUCUUUACGGCUGUAAGGUCUACAGGAAUUUGUCUGUUCAGUGGGAAAUUUCAGCCACAGGUGUCCACCACUGUCUGAAAAUGUGAAGCUGUGAUUUAGGGCUAGUUUUUUUGUUUUGUUUUAUUUGUGUAUAACUGGGCCUCACUCUCUGAACCUGUUCUGUAGAUACAGUUAGGGCCAUGCUUUAAGGCUACAUUUCUGUUGUAUAGUGUGUUUGAAGCCGUUGCUGUUAUCAACAAAACUUAACUUAUGGGCUGAAAUUACAGAAAUGAUCGACCUGCAAUCCUGCAUGUCUCCUAGGAAAUAAUGUGUGACACAAAAAUAAAGACUUUCAACCUCCUUAA